UCUUGACAAGUGUAUACAGGAAAAUCAUGAUUUUCUAAGUGACAACGCGAACGUUGCCUGUGAAAAAGUUUCAUCGUAACGGACGUCAAGAUGGUGGAACCAAUUUUCGACUAUCAGUUCCGAUUGAUACUCAUCGGCGACAGUACAGUCGGGAAAAGCUCGUUGUUGAAGUAUUUUACUGAUGGGAAGUUCGCAGAGCUUUCAGACCCAACCGUUGGAGUUGACUUCUUUGCCCGAUUAAUUGAAGUUAAAGAUGGGACAAGAAUAAAGUUACAAUUAUGGGAUACAGCUGGCCAAGAAAGGUUUAGGUCAAUUACAAAAUCCUACUACAGAAAUUCUGUUGGUGCGUUACUUGUAUAUGAUGUCUGCAACAGAGCAAGUUUUGAACAUAUUCCUCAAUGGAUGAUGGAAGCGCGAAGGCAUAUUGAACCACACCGUCCUGUGUUUGGAUUGGUAGGCUGUAAAUUAGACUUGGUUACCAAUGGAGGUAGACGAGAAGUUUCUAAGGAAGAAGCAAGAGCCUUUGCAGACGAACAUGGAGUACAUCACAUUGAAACCAGUGCAAGGACUGGAGUGAAUGUUGAAGAAGCAUUUCGAACAGUCACACAGGAAGUUUAUAACAGAAUACAAACUGGAGAGUACAAGGUGGAAGAUGGUUGGGACGGUAUUAAAACUGGAUUUGCUAGACCUGGUGGUUUAGAUUUUAAUUUACUUGAGGCAGAACCAGCAAAAAGUUCUUGUUGUUAA